AUUGGAAUACCACAACCGAAUAUGUUUUUGUGGGCGUGUCUGAAGGUUACACCACUCACACGGAGGACUGAGUCAAGGUUGGUUUGUGUGCAGGAACAGAGGAACUGCUGCUGUCACUCGAAAGCCCAGUUGUCCAUUCUAUACCAUGGGAAAGAAGAGUCGAGUGAAGACUCAGAAGUCGGGGUCAGGAGCCAACGCUGUGGUCUCCCCCAAAGAAAUGAUGAACCUCAUCUCCGAACUGCUGCAGAAAUGUAGCAGUGCAGCACCCUCUGCUGGUAAAGAGUGGGAAGAGUACGUCCAGAUCAGAGGCUUGGUGGAGAAGAUCCGUAAGAAACAGAAGGGUAUGUCAGUAGUGUUUGAGGGCAGCAGAGAGGACUACUUCUCAGACCUGAUGUCCUGGGCUCAGGAAAACGGGGCUUCCAGUGAUGGCUUCAAUGUGACCAACUUUGGUACAGAGGGCUAUGGACUGCGGGCCACCAGAGACAUCAAGGCAGAGGAAUUAUUCCUGUGGAUACCCAGGAAGAUGCUGAUGACAGUGGAGUCGGCCCAGAACUCUGUGCUGGGUCCUCUGUACAGCCAGGACCGGAUCCUGCAGGCCAUGGGCAACGUGACGCUGGCCCUCCACCUGCUGUGUGAGCGGGCCAACCCUGCUUCAACCUGGCUGCCGUACAUCCGCAGUCUUCCUCAGGAGUACGACACGCCACUGUACUACCAACAGGACGAGGUGCAGCUGCUCCUGGGCACACAGGCAGUGCAGGAUGUUCUGAGCCAGUAUAAAAACACUGCACGCCAGUACGCCUACUUCUACAAGCUGGUACAGACUCAUCCUGCUGCCAGCAAACUGGCCCUGAAGGACAGCUUCACAUUUGAUGACUACAGGUGGGCGGUGUCCUCUGUAAUGACCCGUCAGAACCAGAUCCCUACUGAGGAUGGCAGCCGGGUCACUCUUGCCCUCAUUCCCCUCUGGGACAUGUGUAACCACACUAAUGGACUGAUCACCACCGGCUACAACCUGGAGGAUGAUCGCUGUGAAUGUGUGGCACUGCAGGACUACAAGAAGAAUGAACAGAUCUACAUCUUCUAUGGCACAAGAUCCAAUGCAGAGUUCGUCAUCCACAAUGGUUUCUUCUUCCAGGACAAUGCCCACGACCGAGUGAAGAUCAAGCUUGGUGUCAGUAAGAGCGAACGCCUCUAUGCCAUGAAGACCGAAGUGUUGGCACGAGCCGGCAUCCCAGCGUCCUGUGUGUUUGCUCUGCACUGUAAUGAACCCCCUAUUUCAGCCCAACUCCUUGCCUUCCUCAGAGUCUUCUGCAUGACAGAGGAGGAAUUGAAGGACUACCUGCUCGGAGAUCGUGCCAUUAAUAAGAUCUUCACCCUGGGCAACAGUGAGUUCCCUGUCAGCUGGGAGAAUGAGAUCAAGUUGUGGACUUUCCUGGAGACCCGAGCUGCUCUGCUGCUAAAGACCUACAAGACCACCUCAGAGGAGGACUGCUCCGUACUGGAGAAACCUGAUCUAUCUUUGCACUCUCGUGUUGCCAUCCAGCUCCGCCUGGCUGAGAAACAGAUCCUGGAGAAGGCAUCAGCUAGCGGACAGGCCAAACGUCUGCACUUCCAGAAGAAGCUGGAGGAGGGUGUACCAUUGCCUCAGUAUGAGGAAAGCGAUAUUGCUUUGUUGGAGAAUACCAACGCAGAUGCAAAGCUUCCUAUUAUCCUGCGCAAGUUGGAGGAGGUAGAGGAAGGCCACGAGAUCCAAGUGGAGGAGCACAGUCACAUCCUGAAUGGGGAGAAUGCUGUGUACGGGAUGGAUGCUAAUGGAGAGCCAGUGCAGGGGGACACUCAGGAGAAGGUCAGCAACAAUGUUCAUUCAGCUUUGGACUUGAUUGGAAGUUCAAACCAGAAAGGCCAAAGGGAAGUGACCGACCGAAGUGCUAGUCGAACUGAAGAGAAUCCCAAAGAGAGGGGUGAAUAAAUAUAUUCCACCUACAGCCACAGCCCAUGCUAUUUAUUUAUUUUUGUGUCUCUUAAAUGACUCAGAAAUAUAUUAGUAGAAGUCGCAGAACUUUUCGGACUGUAUGGUCAUCCAGUGUGGCUUUUCUUAGUCGUCUGCUGCUGAACUUGUUUAAAAUGCUGUCAGUGUGUCCCUCAGCCUUCUGUGCAGAACAGGUUCAGAUUAAAAUUAGCUUUUGUUUAAGUCUGAAAUGUCAGUUUAUAUUGAAACUGUUUGUGGCCUACAGCAUAGGAAGAAAGCAGGGGUGGGAGGGGUGCAGUGCAAUCCCAGCAGAUGGUUAGGUGAAGAGACAAAAAAACCAAAAUUGAGUUAGGUGAAUGUUAUUUCCACAAAGCCAAAACCUCUCUGAUCUUGUGAAUUGGUUGAUUUAUUACUGCAGUUUGUCUCCAUAUGUGUUUAGUAUGUUUUGAGUUGACAAUCGUAUUCUAUAGAGUAUUUUCGGUAGUGCUGCUGAGUAAAGACCAUCAUGCCCUUGGUUCUUUGUGUUCUGCUUAAAAUCAUCUCAAGCUGAAUAAUUGAAGGAAACAUAAAAUGCUCUUAUUAGCCUAUGAGACUAACACUUGUGUUUGACAGGCCAAUAUGGAAGAUGCUUUUUGCUAUCUCAAUGAAACUUUUUUUUUUACUGUCAAAUUGCACAUUUUCAGUCAUUACUUAUUUGCAACCAACAAAAGAAUUUUGUUUUAUUUUGUGUUUUAAAAGUAUCUUUAUGAAUGUAGUCAGGUUAUGUUAGAGUGAGUAUCUUUGGAUGUCACAGAAGGGACUGAUGUGUGACAUAGUGAUCACUUUUUUUGCCGCUGAGAAAGCCAUAUACAGGACUCUGUAAGACAGAGCAAUACUUGGUGAGACAGAGCAAGAUGUUUAUGUGACUGUUGGAAGCUUUUUGUUUAACUGCCUUAAAACGAGAGAAUUUCAACACAACACUUUUUGUAUGAAAAACAAGGAAGCACUAUCAAUAGGUUACUGUCUUUUGUUUGUGUUAAAUGUAGGGGUGUUCCCAGUAACUCUGUGCACUGAUAUAAAGAGCCAGUACUGACUGAAAACCUGACAGCCAACGCAUGGUGGAGGGAAAGGUUUGGCUAUAAUUCUUAUCAAUUUUAACAUUUGAGAUUAUUUUGGAGUGUGUGGUCACGGGGGCUUUCAGUUGCACUCAUUUAUUUAAACCACGAGUGAAAACAUGAGGUGAAAAAUCCUCACCUGAAAUGUGAAUCACCCACCAUGCUGUGGAGCUACUUUAGGCUUCAGCUCAACUACAGUUAUACAGGGAUACAGUUUUUUUGUAGUGUUACUGAAUGUGGCUCACUUUUACAUAGACAAUACAUGAUUAAUAUAGUUUGACAAAAUAUUUCCAACUCAAUACCCACCAACUUGUUUAUUUCUGAGCUUUCAGCCACAUUUCAUCUUCAUCAGAACAUAUACAAUGCUGUGAAAAAGUAUUUGCCCCCUUCCCAAUUUCUUCUGUUUUUGCAUGUUUGUCACACUUAAAUGUUUCAGAUCAUCAAAGAACAUUUAAAUUAAGACAAAGACAAAGUGAGUGAACAGAAAAUACAGCUUUUAAAUGAUCAUUCAAUUUAUUGAAGGUAAAGAGUUAUUCAAAACCUAUGUCACCCAUGUGAAAAAGUAAUUGCCCCCUGAACCUAAUAACUGGUUGUGCCACCCUUGGGGGCAACAACUGCAAGCAAACGUUUGCGAUAACUUGCAAUAGGUUUUUCACAUUGCUGUGGAGGAAUUUUGGCCCACUCUUCCUUGCAGAAUUGUUUUAAUUCAGCCACAUUGAAGGGUUUGCGAGCAUGAACUGCCUGUUUAAGGUCAUGCCACAGCAUCUCAAUCGGAUUUUAGUCCAGGCUUUGACUAGACCACUCCAAAACCUUCAUUUAUUUUUCUUGAGCCAUUCAGAGGUGGACUUGCUGUUUUGUUUUGGAUCAUUGUCCUGCUGCAUAACCCAAGUGCGCUUGAGCUUGAGGUCACGAACUGAUGGCUGGACAUUCUCCUUCAGGAUUGUCUGGUAGAGAACAGAAUUCAUGGUCCUAUUAAUUACGGCAAGUGGUCCAGGUCCUGAAGCAAAAAAGCAGCCCCAGACCAUCACACUACCACCUCCAUGCUUGACUGUUGGUAUGAUGUUUUUAUUGCAGAAUUCUGUGUUAGUUUUAUGCCAGAUGUAACAGGAUCCACACCUUCCAAAAAGUUCCACUUUUGACUCGUCAGUCCACAGAAUAUUUUCCCAAAAGUUUUGGGGGUCAACAAGAUGUUUUUUGGCAAAUGUGAGACGUGCCUUAUUGUCCUUUUUGUCAGCAGUGGUUUUCGCCUUGGAACUCUCCCAUGGAUGCCGUUUUUGCCCAUUCUCUUUCUUAUUGUGGAAUCAUGAACACUGACCUUAACUAAGGCAGGUGAGGCCUGCAGUUCUUUAGAUGUUUGCCUGGGUUCUUUUGUGACCUCCUGGAUGAGUCGUCGAUGCGCUCUUAGAGUAAUUUUGGUAGGCCGGCCACCACUGUUCCAAAUUUCCUCCAUUUGUAGAUAAUGGCUCUCAACGUGGUUCUCUGAAGUCCCAAAGCCUUAGAAAUGGCUUUUUAACUCUUUCUAGACUGAUAGAUGUCAAUGACUUUGUUUCUCAUCUGUUCUUGAAUUUCUUUAGAUCGCAGCAUCAUGUGCUGCUUUUUGAGAUCAUUAAGGCGACUUCACUUUGUCGGACAGGUUCUAUUUAAGUGAUUUCUAGAUUCAACAGGUCUGGCAGUAAUCAGGCUUGGGUGUGGCUUGUGAAAUUUCACUCAGCUUUCAAAAAAAUGGUUAAUCGGUUGAUUUAAUAAGGGGGUGGGGGCAAUUACUUUUUCACAUAGGGCCAGGUAGGGUUGGAUAGCUUUUUUCCCUUAAUAAAAUUUUUUUGUAUGCACUCGGGUUAUCUUUGUCUAAUAUUAAAUUAGUUUGAUAAUCUGAAACAUUUAAGUGUGACAAAUAUGCAAAAAAAAAGAAAUCAGGAAGGGGGCACAUACUUUUUCACAGCACUGUACUAUUGGUUCAUCUUCAUCAUGUAACCCAAAUAUGGAACUUGGGUCAGGUGAUAACAAGUGGUAAUGUAUGGGACUGCCUCCGAAAGGUUGAUCAUUUCAAUUAUCAGUCGUUAAAGCCCUUAAGUCAACUCAAAUUGUGUCAGUGGAAUCACUGCGAUGCAGAAUAACAGCAUGGGGGCUCUUAACCAUCUUUGACAUUGGAUGUCCUCGAUCUUUCUCCAGAUAUCCCCUGACUCCAUGACACUGACCCCUUCCUACUCCUCUUACCAUUCAGGGUCAAAAGUUAUUGACCAGCAGUCAGUGGUCGACCAUCUCUGAACAGAGACCAAGGUUACCAUCUUCCAGCCAUAUACUGUAUGACCACUUGUUACCAUGUGACUGAAUUCCAUAUUUACUUAGGUCACAUGAUGAUGAAGAACAUGAGGUGGUUGAAAACCUCAGGAGAUGAUAUAAGUGUACCUUUAGAUUAUUGACAAACUGCUUUUCCCCCCAAAAUGGACUAACUCCCAGUUCCAAUAGAAUUAAGAUUUUAUGCUACAUAAAGGUGAGCCAUACUUAAGUAAUACGCAGUACACAGGUCAAACUGACACUAGGAACACAAUGGACAAUCAUAAUCUUUUCUUGUUACUAUGAAAAUAAGAAUUUUCUUUUGAGACUGUUUAAACCUGCUGCUCACUUUUGACAGUUUGGUGGCUCUAAGCUCCUGUAGUCUAGUAUACUGUUUAAAAUGAACCGUGCAAUACUGCUGUUCAUAAAUCAAACCAAAUUCAGUGGAAGGGCUCAUUAUCAGUGGAUUCUUUUAAUAAGGUGUUUUUCAGAUUUCUUUAAAUCUGGAAUCCUGUCUCACCAGUUAGAUUUGAGGUCACCUAUACUUUAUCAUUCUAAACUUUGAAAUCUUUUUUUAAAAUGAAUACGAUAAAAUCACACUGUUCAGAUUGAAGUGAUAGUGUUCCAGUGGCCAUUCUUUCACGAAGUUUUAUAGCCGUGAGCCUCUCCUAAUGCCACACUUACUUUAUGUUUUAGGGGAGAAAAGGGACAGGUGUAUUCCACCAAUUAGAGACAAGCUUUGAUGAAACUCACUGCAUACGCAUGCCCUAUUAGGUUGUCUUCCUGCAUUGGCUUUGUUGCCUGUUUGCAUGUUUCAUUCAUCUUGCUUGUGCACGUCAAACAAAUCAAACAUUGAAAGGAGCUUGUUUGCAAAUAUGAUUGACAGCUUCUUGUUCUCAGUGAUCAGUUACCUGUAUCGGCUCAAGUAUUCAUUUCCUGUGCUUUACACUCAACAAUAAAUAAGCCUGGCAGAUGUACAGUGGCAGAGUUCAUUUAAAUGUAUCUUUAAUUGCAGCAAUUCUCAUUUAAAAGAUUAAAUCAUGAAAAAACACUCAAACUCUGUGGAAUCUUUUUUUUUUAUAUCAUGCUGUGAUGUUUAAAUGUUAUAACAUAAAAUUUAACAUCUGUUGACACGUGUGGCCAUCAGUUUUGUAACCUGUGGAUAAAUAUUUACACGCAGAGGUUUGAGAAAAAUGCAUUUGUUCUGUCUAUUCUUGAGAGUGAGACGAGACAAGUCACGAGUUGAUAGCAGUCUCAUGUUCUCAAGUACAGAACUGAAGUCGGGGGCAAUUAGCUUAGUUUAGAAUAAAGACUGGAAGCAUUGGGAAACGGCUACCUGGCUCAAUCAAGAGUUUAAAAAUGCCCCUACCAAUACCUAUGAAUCUCUAGCUGCUGUAACUU